AUGCUGCGUGACGUCAGUUAGGUGGGCGUGUCCUCGUCGCUUCGGUUGACUCAUGGACGCCAUGAUUGAGGGAGGAUUACAUCAGUAGCCCUUCAAGUCCAUGUACACGGCUGUAAAACGGCUUAACAAAUGAAGGUGACGUGUUGAGCCCCGUUACCGUGAUGAUGCUGACCAGCCUUUUCAGGUUGCAUGGCCUGUUCGUGGCCUCUCACCCCUUGGAGGUGAUUGUGGGAACGAUUGCUGUGACCAUCUGCCUCAUGUCCAUGAACGCCAUUGCUCUCGGCGACCAGCUCUGUGACUGGAAGUACCAGUGCCCUAAAGCGCAAGAGAAAAUCCUAAGCAGCGACAUCAUCAUCUUAACGCUCACCAGGUGCACAGCCAUCAUCUACAUCUACGUGCAGUUCAAAAACCUGAGGCAGCUCGGCUCCAAGUACAUGCUCGGCAUCGCCGGACUCUUCACUGUGUUCUCCAGCCUCGUCUUCAGCAUCGUGGUCAUUCAUUUCCUCGGCAAAGAGCUCACAGGCCUCAACGAAGCGCUGCCUUUCUUCCUGUUGCUGAUCGACCUGUCUAAAGCCUGCACGCUGGCCAAGUUCGCUCUCAGCUCAAACUCUCAGGAGGAGGUGAGAGAGAACAUCGCACAGGGCAUGGCCAUCCUGGGACCGACCUUCACCCUGGACGCCGUGGUGGAGUGCCUGGUAAUCGGAGUAGGAACCAUGUCUGGUGUGCGGCAGCUGGAGCUGGUGUGCUGUUUUGGCUGCAUAUCCGUCCUGGCUAACUACUUCGUCUUCAUGACCUUCUUCCCUGCCUGCGUCUCUCUGGUGUUGGAGCUUUCGAGAGAAAGCAGAGAGGGGCGGCCCAUCUGGCAGCUGAGUCACUUUGCUCAUGUCCUGAAGGAAGAAGAGGACAACAAGCCCAACCCUGUCACACAACGUGUCAAAUUAAUCAUGUCUCUGGUGCUGGCGCUGGUUCAUGCACACACACGCCUGCUGGCCGAGUCACCUUCCAGCAACUCCUCCGGCUCUGCUGUGGGUCUGCACAGCCCCAACAUGGAUGCUCACACACCCAUGACCAGUUUGGACAUGGAGCAGGUCAUCACUCUGUCUCUGGCUCUGCUGCUGGCUGUGAAGUACGUCUUCUUCGAGCAGGUGGAGACCGAAUCCUCCCUGUCAAUCAAAACCCCGCAGACCUUCUUGUCCAAUAGGAGAGCAGGAGAGGAGUGCUGUAGGAGGGAUGUAGCUUUACCCAGAAACCCCAACGGGAGACCACCUACGCUUUCCGCUACAGAUACGAGAGAUGAAGAGCCUCAGCAGCAGUCCUGUCCUUCUGCUCAGAGACGUGCAGCAGAGGAAGAGUCAGAGGAGAGAGAAACACAAAUCCCUCAAACUUCAGUCCAACCUCGUCCUCUAAACGAGUGCCUGAGCGUCCUCAGAGACCCGCAGCAAGGCCCACGUUGCCUGAGUGAUGCUGAGGUGAUGGCAUUAGUGGAAAACAAGAGCAUUCUGGGAUACCGCCUGGAGGCGGAGCUGGAGACUCCAGAGAGGGGCGUGGCUAUACGUAGGGAGAUGUUGGCAUGUAAGUUGCCCUGCCCCUCAGCCCUGGAGAACCUCCCCUACACAGACUACGACUACUCCAAGGUAAUGGGCACAAACUGUGAGAAUGUGAUUGGCUAUGUGCCUGUGCCAGUGGGCGUGGCUGGACCUCUGCUGUUGGACGGGAAGGAGUUUUACGUUCCUAUAGCGACAACGGAGGGGUGUUUGGUAGCCAGCACCAACCGAGGCUGUAGGGCCAUCACUCUCUCAGGUGGAGCGAGUGCCCGUGUCCUGGCUGAUGGUAUGACUCGGGGUCCAGUUGUUCAGCUGCCGUCAGUGUGUAAAGCUGCAGAAGUGAAAUCCUGGCUGGAGAGUCCUGACGGCUUCAGUGUGCUUAAACACACUUUCGACAGAAUGAGCAGGUUUGCUCGGCUUGACCGGUUGCAGGUUUGUCUGGCUGGCAGGAACCUCUACAUCCGCUUCCAGUCUCAGACCGGUGACGCCAUGGGCAUGAACAUGCUGUCUAAGGGUACAGAACAGGCGUUAUGCAGGCUGCAAGAACAGUUUCCCGAGCUGCGCGUGUUAGCCGUCAGUGGAAACUUUUGCACCGACAAAAAACCCGCAGCCGUCAACUGGAUCCACGGCCGUGGAAAAUCCACGGUGUGCGAGGCCACGAUCCCGGCUAAAGUGGUGCGAGAGGUGCUGAAGACGAGCACCGCAGCUCUGGUGGAGCUGAACAUCAGUAAGAACCUGGUGGGUUCCGCGAUGGCCGGCAGUAUAGGUGGCUUCAACGCGCAGGCCGCGAACAUCGUGGCAGCGAUUUACAUUGCAUGUGGACAGGACCCAGGCCAGACAGUAGGCAGCAGUAACUGUAUCACUCUGAUGGAGGCUGUUGGGCCAGACGGAGAGGAUCUGUGUAUUUCCUGUACGAUGCCGUCUAUAGAGCUGGGCACCGUUGGCGGGGGCACAAACUUACCACCACAGCAAGCCUGUCUGCAGAUGCUGGGCGUACAGGGUACGAGUGCAGACCAUCCCGGGGAGAACUCGCGCACUCUGGCGCAGGUUGUGUGUGCGGCGGUGAUGGCGGGAGAGCUCUCGCUCAUGUCUGCUCUCGCUGCUGGACACCUCGUCAAGAGUCACAUGACUCUGAACAGAUCAAAAGCCAACCUUCCGGAAAUGUCCAGAUCGACGAUGAAGGAUCCUUCCUGAUGGAGCAUUCUGGGAAACGGGAGUCUACGAUAUAACGACGACUGCCGAAAUCGACUCUCAGGACCUAUAUAUAUAUAUAUUUUUU